CAUCAUCUUUGGAAUCCCUCAUUAUCCUGACGACGGGAAGAAACGUUGAGUCUUCCGGUUCUUUUCAGAACCACACCUACUCACAAGAGAGAUUUAUUCACAUGGUGCUACCGCAAACUUAUCUUGUUUUAAUUGUUAUCACUUAGCCUUGACAACUAACCGGUUGCCUUCAGUUAUUAUGUCGAUAUUUUUUACGUAACGCCACCACAAUACUUCUCAAUGACAAUAGGCGCGCUGUCUUCAGCGAUCAAUACACCAGGUAAAUAAACGUGAAAGUUCAGGCUCGACGGUCCUCCACCAGAAACUUCACGCAUCGACUAUCUGAUCCAGGAUCAUAUUGUCCGUCAGUCCCCUUGUACUAGUUUGACUUUAUCCAUACAUGUAUCCAGUCAACAAUAUUUCAUGGGAUAAUGUCAGAACGAUUGAACCAUAAAUAACGGUGCUUGAUUGGGUAUUACCGGAAUAUUUUCGCGGUUUGACGGAUGACUAUAGCCAAUGAGCGUUGGCGUUAAUCAAUCCAUCAAUCAAAUUUAUCGGGGGAGUAGCCUACACAUACCGCAGAAGAGGCUCAGUAUUCCCAAACUUGCUGGUAUUGUGAGUUAACCAGUGGUGUACCGCACAACUCGAGUAUAAAAAUAACCCCAACUUUUGGCACGGCCUAUCAUGUACGCAUGAUGUCUGUAGCCAGUACCGAAUCUGAAUGCAAUGGAUUUGGAGACCAUGAUGAUGUCUUUACGGGAAAAGACACGGAGCUUGCUGGCGAGUACCGAGACACGAGCAGCGAGUACCGGGCGUCUACCCCUCCUGAGACUGGCCGGGUUGGUGGCUACUCCGCGUCCCCUCUUCGACAGAAGUGCGUGAAGCUUCACAAUUUUGCCUCUGGAACGCAAAGUGUGGAUGCGCUGCAUCACAAUGCGACCACGUGUGAGGCUCCCUGCUCUGAUAGACGGUGCCGAGGUUCGAUUCUCGCCCCAUCCAAUCGGACGGGUUCACUCCCGAGACCCACAACUGAAGUACUCAAACAAGCAACGGAGUUUAUCGAGCAGUACUACGUUCACAUCAACAGAGCGAAUACCGAUGCUCAUGCGACACGGUUAGCAGAAGUUACGGCGUGUAUUGAGACUACAGGGACUUACCGUCUUACGGAGGCCGAGCUGUCGUAUGGAGCCAAGUUAGCUUGGCGUAACGCACCACGAUGCAUCGGUCGUAUCCAAUGGUCAAAACUACAGUUGUUCGAUGCUCGUAACGUGCGUAAUACACGAGGCAUGCUGGAGGCAGUAUGUAAGCAUCUGCUGUAUGCUACCAACAAGGGAAAUAUCAGAUCGGCAAUUACCGUUUUUCCACCGCGUACAGACGGGCAACAUGACUAUCGCGUGUGGAACACCACACUGAUCAAAUACGCCGGAUACGAGCAAGAAGAUGGCACCAUCAUUGGAGAUCCGGCUAGCGUUGAGUUUACAAAGAUUUGUCUGAAGCUAGGCUGGAGGGGCCCCGGAGGAAGGUUUGACAUUUUACCGCUCAUACUUCAAGCUAAUGGCGAGGAUCCGGAAUGGUUCGAUAUUCCUGAGGAGUGCGCUAUGGAAGUCAAACUUAGUCAUCCAGAGUUCGACUGGUUUGCCGAGUUUGGUCUGAGAUGGUAUGCCGUGCCAGCCGUCUCGAACAUGAUGCUAGAUGUUGGUGGUCUGGAGUUCACUGCGUGUCCCUUCAAUGGAUGGUACAUGAGUACUGAGAUAGGAGCAAGGAAUCUGUGUGAUACUUACAGAUACAAUCUGAUGGAGACGACAGCGACAAAGAUGGGACUGGACACGACUUCUAACAUGACUCUGUGGAAGGACAAGGCACUGGUGGAGACCAACUUGGCCGUAUUGCACAGCUUUCAGAAAGCUCAAGUGACCAUCACGGAUCACCAUUCAGCCUCGGAAUCUUUCAUCACACACAUGAGGAACGAGCAGGCGACUCGCGGGGGCUGCCCGGCCGACUGGGUGUGGAUCGUCCCGCCUAUGUCUGGCAGCGUCUGCCCCGUCUUCCACCAAGAAAUGUUGUAUUAUUCACUGAAACCAUCCUAUGAAUAUCAGGAGCCAGCUUGGAAAACGCAUUUGUGGAGAAAUCGACCGGUAGAUUCGGGCCAAGUCACAUCUAAGAAGACUUUCAAGGAAGUUGCCGAAGCUGUACGGUUCGUUGCCCGUCUGAUGAUCCGAGCUUUAUCCAAACGAUUCAAGGCAACUAUACUGUACGCUACGGAGACUGGACGGUCCAAGAACUACGCAGAGAGAAUACAUCGUAUGUUUAGUACUGCCUUCAACGCUAAGUUGCUAUGCAUGGAUGAGUACGAUGUUGCCAAUCUUGAGCAUGAGGCUUUACUCCUCGUAGUGGCUAGUACGUUCGGCAAUGGAGACCCACCUGACAACGGACUGUCAUUUGCUCGAUAUAUCAUGGAAAAGGCGAAGGAGGAACAACGUAAGAUGGACAGUAUUGUCAGACGUAACAGCGAGAUCGAUUGCGAGUCGACCAGUGAGCAUCUGUCCUGUGAGAAGUUCUGUGACCAGCCCGUUCGAAUCGCGCCCAGGAAAAUUCUCCGAAUGAACUCCGUGACGUCAAUGGACGAACCUACGUACAUGCUAAGCAAUGUCAGAUACGCCGUGUUCGGGCUCGGCUCCUCCGCCUAUCCUAACUUCUGCGCCUUCGGCCAUGCCGUGGAUGAGUUACUGGAGACGCUGGGUGCAGAGCGCCUCCUGGAGAUCGGGGAAGGAGAUGAACUUGGAGGACAGGAGAUUGCCUUCAAAAAAUGGGCCCAAGAAACAUUCAAGGUUGCUUGUGAGAACUUCUGCAUUGGCAGUGACGUGAACAUCGAUAACGUAACGGCAUCAAUCUCCAUGCCCGAUGCUGCGUGGUCAGCCGAGAAGUACCGAGUCAUUGCAGCAGAUUACCAGGCCAACCCGCCAGACCUCUGCCGUACACUUAGCCGUUUACACGGCAAGGCGGUUCUGCCGUGCCGCUUCAAAUCCAGAACCGAUCUUCUGAAUUCGUUAUCACGUCGGUCCACAAUCCUCGUCAAACUGGACACCCAGGACCAAGAAGAGUUUGCGUACGAGCCAGGAGAUCACGUGGCUAUCUAUCCAGCCAAUGACAAAGACUUGGUGGAUCGGAUUCUGCGCAGAAUCGCUCAUGAGAAAUCCCCGGAUGUGGUAGUGAAAGUGGAUCGGCAUGAGGCCAAAAUCACAGAAUUAGGCACCGUUCGUACUUGGGUCCCUCACGACCGCCUGCCUCAUUGCUCUAUCCGCUACGCCUUGCUUCAUUUACUGGACAUCACAUCCACGCCCUCGCCGAUGUUCUUGAAGACGCUGUCCAUGCACGCCAGGAGCCCACUGGAGCAGAAACAACUGUCGACCCUGGGAGAGCUACUCGAAGAGCACUCGGAACAGCGCACAACUGACAAGGGUUCAGCCGUUUACGAUGAGUGGCUGUAUUCUUCGUUCCCAAACCUGGCCGAGAUCUUGGAAGCAUUCCCAACGCUGAGGGUACCAGCUUCGCUGCUUCUAACCUUGCUCCCACUACUCAGGCCUCGCUAUUACUCCAUCAGUUCCAGUCCACAGAUGCACCCUGGGGACGUUCACAUCACAGUGGCAGUGGUUCAGUACAAGUCAAAAGCUAGCGGCGCCAUACAUCGAGGAGUUUGCUCAACUUGGCUGGAUGCCCUGUCUGCUGACGACAUCGUACCUGCCUUCAUAAGGAAAGCGCCCUCAUUCCACAUGCCAAAGGACCAAUCAGCGCCCAUGGUUCUCGUUGGUCCCGGGACGGGCAUCGCGCCGUUUCGCAGCUUCUGGCAACAGCGGCAGUACGACAGGUACCAGGAAGCUAUCGACCAAUCGGACGCCGACAAGGACGGCCGAUUCGGUGACGUCACGCUGGUGUUCGGAUGUAGACAUUCCAAGCUAGACAACAUCUACAAGGAGGAGAAGAUGACGGCUAAGGAAGAAGGCGUCCUCACUGACGUCUGGACAGCGUAUUCGCGGGAAGUCCAUCUACCUAAAACUUAUGUUCAAGACCUCCUUCGCAAGAACUCACAGAAAGUAUACGAGACGGUUUGUGGAGGCAAGGGUCACGUCUACGUAUGCGGGGAUGUAACUAUGGCUGCUGGUGUACGCGUUACCAUAGAAACCAUCAUCGCUAAGCACGGAGAGAUGUCGGAAGAAAAAGCUAAGAAACUGAUCGAACGCCUCAAGGAUGAGAAUCGAUACCACGAGGACAUCUUUGGCAUCACUCUGAGGACUGCGGAAGCCACAGAGAAACUGCGAGAAUUGAAACAACGCACCGAGAAAAACGACAAAACUGCGGCCGAGGAACUAGCUUCACUACGCAUGGGGUAUUUCCUGAGGCGAGAGACGGUCAUCAGACACCGAACAGUGAGCGAAAAUCCAGAGACGUCUGUAAAUGGCUCGAAUCUUAACAACAAUGGACGGGAGCGAAAGCUAUCCGAUCCACCUCCAUAUAGAAGUCGUCCUCUGCACACUUACUAAGAAGAAAAAGACUAGUACAGAGAUCACUUCACAUGUCCCCCCCC